CGUCUCCUGAGUCUGAGGAACCGCAUAAGACGCUCUCGUGGUUUCUCGGUCCUAAACUCUACCUUUUAGUUUAUUUCCACAUCUCGAAGGCGCUGACUGCCCACCAGCGCAUAGAUAUAAGUACUGAACUCCUAGCCCGACUUUCGCGCGCAAGCGACUUCUCUCGAAGCCACCGAAUAUUCCAUCCCAGCUCUAGUCGCGGCGCCUACUGACCUACUCCACAUCAUCAACUAACCCCCAUACCGUCCUUAACACCAUGGGCGAACACGAACCUAUCGUAUCGCACGGCCGCGGAGGCCAAGGCAACAUCGGCGCCGACUCAACCCAAUAUGUCGACGGCGGUAUAGUCCGUGAAGGCGCCUACGGAGACCAAGGCGAUGGCGCAUACUCCGCCGGCCGCGGCGGCGCAGGCAAUAUCGGCUCUCCCUACGUACGUCCCACAACAGGAACUCCUCACGAUGCGGAAAUUAUUCCCGAGCUGGCGAUUCGCAAUUCGACCGACGGCGAUUAUCACACCGGUCGUGGCGGACAAGGAAAUGUCCAUCUUGACGAGGCGCAUAAGAAAAAGGAGGAAGAGAAGAAGCAGCAUAAGGCGCUAGCGCAUGAUGGGUGGGCGGAUAAGUUGAAGUAUAAACUGUUUGGGAAAAAGUGAUCUUCUUCCCUUCCCCCUUCUUCUUCAUCUUCUCCCUCCUUUUGUUAAUGGUGGGUAGGGGGAUGGGUUUUUCAUUACCAAGUUAGUAGUGUGGUUUGUGUGCGCAUUUAUGUUAAUCUUGAUUCCCAUGUUUUGUGAUUUUCUUAGUGGUCAUUUGUAUCUGAGAGAUGUUUAUUCCUUGUCGACGUUGAGUUCUAUACUAUCUUAAUGUCCCAGUUCUAGACACUGUCGAACAUAGCGAGAAGCUAUAGAAGCCUCAUUAAG